AUGACGAGCGAACGACGACCCGGCAAGUCCGGGGACGGCGAGAUCAUCAUGGUCGACGAGGAAGUGAUGGACGCAGGAUCUCGAGAGACCUCACCACUGCUCGGCGCUGGCGCCUCACCAGAUGGCAGUGAAAGACGACUCAGUCAGGAAUGGGAUGGCGGUGAUGAUUUCAAGCACUUACCGGCGUGGCGGCGUCCGUCUGUACUCUGGCUCAUCGGACCUUUUUUCUUCUUCACACUCGCCUUUGGCGGUGUCAUUGUACCAAAACUAAACUUAAUUGUCGACCUUGUCUGCCGCAACUAUUUUGCAGACGAGUCACUCAAAAAUCCAGCCUUCACAUUCUCGCCCGUGAUCUUGGGAGCUGAGAAUCCGCAAUGUAACAUACCUGCGGUGCAGAAGAAUGUUUCUAUAUUUACUCUUACCCUGAGUGUCUUGGCUGGUGUGUUGAGUGCUCUCACGGCGCCAAAGCUGGGAUCACUCUCAGAUCGCUAUGGCCGCACCCGUCUUAUUGUCGUCGCAUCUUGUGGUGGCGUGCUCAACGAAAUCAUCACCAUCUUUGCGGCAAAGUACCCAAACUAUAUCGACUACCAUUGGUUGAUUCUGGGAUCCUUCUUUGACGGUCUUUCCGGGUCCUUCACAGCCGGUAGCAUUCUCAGCUCCUCGUAUACCAGUGACUGUACGCCACCAUCGAGGCGUGGUGUUGCCAUUGGGUACCUGCAUGCUUGCCUGUUCACCGGGCUUGCAUUUGGGCCUCUCUUGGCUGGCUACUUUGUCAAAUUUACCGGAUCACUACUAUCCAUCUUCUAUGUCACACUGGGUUGUCAUAUAUUCUUCAUCUUCUUCAUCCUCUUCGUUACUCCAGAGUCCUUGUCUCAGAAGCGGCAGAUGCUGGCUCGCGAGAAGCACCAACAUGAGCAGGAGGAAUUGGCACAGCGAUUGCGCUCCCGCCUUCACCUCCAGAGUACUGGCUUGGCGUCACGGGCUGCCAGUUUCCUGAGCGACUAUCCGGGCGAUUGGCUCCCGGCUCUCCUCAGCGCCAACCCUCUGGCACCGCUCAAGUCACUUGUGCCUGGCGGUCGAGCAAACCGAGCAUUCCGUCGAAACAUGAUCAUCUUGGCCUGUCUCGAUGCGGUCAUUCUAUCAGCAGCCAUGGGCUCAGGAACUGUCACCAUUCUUUACACCGAGUACAUGUUUAAUUGGGGCAACUUUGAGGCAUCUCGGUUUGUCUCACUUAUAAGCUUCAUCCGUGUCAUUGUGCUACUCGGCAUUUUCCCUCUGGUCAACUGGUUUUUCCGAAUCCGGCCUCUGCAGCGCCAGCGCCGCGAGAGUGGAGUGGAAGCUGCGGAAAGAAACAGCGGUGCAGACAAGGUGGAUGUUUGGAUGCUACGAGUGGCCCUCACCGCCGAGGUCAUCGGCAUCAUGGGCUACAUCUUUGCGCGAUCCCAGGCCGUUUUCGUCUUCAGCGGUGUCAUCACAGCCAUUGGUGGUCUGGGCGGCGCUGUUGUCCAGAGUACAAUCACCAAACAUGUGCCAGCCCAGAAUGUGGGUGCCGUCCUCGGUGCUAUUGGGUUGCUUCAUGGGGCGGGUCGUGUGUUUGCGCCCAUGAUCUUCAACGGGCUGUAUGCGGCGACGGUGGAGACCUUUCCGCAAGCAUUCUUUGUGCUACUCGCUUCGCUCUUUGGUCUUGCCUUGAUGGGCAGUCUUGUUGUUCGACGUGGCUUAUUCCUACAAGACGAAGACGACGAGCCGGUUUACUCCCCGUCCUCUGGUGCUACUUCUGAGCCGGAGCAAAGGGAAAUCAAUGAAGAAACCGUGACCGAGGCAGAUGUGGCGAGCGAGGCUUUGCCCCGAGUUUAG